AUGGACACCGACAGUGAGGAGGAGCACCGCUGUGGCCUCGAAGCUUUGCUCGCUGCUGGACAGCACCACAAGCACAAGCCACCGCCCAAGCACCACACCAUAGAUGCUAUACUAGGCUUGUCUAGGGAACCACAAGGAGAUAUGAGUCUCGAAGAAGGACACCACAGCGGUCAACCCACCGAUGUUGAUUCGAGUGACAUCAAGGCUCUAAUCGAACAAGACUGCAGGUACGAGAAAUUGCGGAGACUGAAAAUAUGUUUUGGAACUGUUCAAAGGCAUUUAACAGGCUACGUUUCCCGUCAUAGUGUUUGGGGGGUCACACAAACUGACUGA